AUGUGCGGCGACUCCCAUCUCCCUCCGGCACCCGAAUCAGGCGACUUGAUCGCCAUCAUCCAUCCGUACACCAGACAAUCAACCUUCCAAGCCAGACUGAGACUGUCGAACCGGUUUCCGGGGGCCACGACGUCGACUUUGACUGUGCAGGACGCCAACAGCGUUGGUAAUUCAAUUGGGAGGGAUCCGUUGCUGAACGUCAGGAUCCAUAAAUUCGGACAACCGCUAUCGGGAUUUUAUUCGUCUUCGGACUCAGAAGCAGAAUCAGAUGCUGCUGUGGCAUCUUCCAAUCCCAUCAUGCAUUCAUUCUUCAUCAACCCGGUAGCCACUUCGACCACUGGAGAUCUCCGACUGAAUCUCGGCGUGGGAGGUGAUGGAAUUGUCGGAAGGACUGUUUCCAUCUGCGACAGACGGAACAGAAGGAUCCUCGGAGAAGGUGUCAUCGGAUGGUGCUGA